AUGUCCUUUAUAAUUGUAAUUGCAGAAGAAAUGUGCAAACAUUUUCAGGCCCUAAUUGAAAACGUAUUUAUUGAAAUUAACAAUAAAAACAGCGACCCUAAAGUAACUCAAGACCAUCCUUCUUUAAAAGACAUAACUGAAAAUGUUCGACCGGCAAAAAGGUUCGUGUUAACAAAUGAAGAGAGAGACCAAAAUUUGUUAAACGCUGAUGGUACUGAAAGUCCUUGCACUCAUGAAAGUUACGAGACUGUUGUCAACUAUGAGAGUGAUUUACAAGAGUGUGAAUUCGAAGACUAUACGCGUUACAAGCAGAUUACGCCAUUAUCUAUACAAAGUACGGAAGUAAAGUACAAGAAGCAAUUCUACAUACCUCUAACGGAUGUUCCAUACCCUGGAGAAGUUCAUUCUAAUUUUGAUCUACAGAGAUUAUUGAGGGGUGAUUAUUGUUUACAAAAUGACUUACAAAAGGAUCCCGUUCAAAAACAAGGGCAUUUUAACAUUCCCGAUGAAGUGUUUUGUGCAAUAUUUGAAAGUUACGAAGACCCCGACGAAGAAAGAGAAUAUUACUUGAGACUCGAUGAUGAUGCUGAAAUCAAGAAAUAUAUAAAAAAAAGUGUGGACAAAGUCAGUUUUGCUGGUCCUCUGGUAAAAAAAAUUGCAAGCUUGAACAAAAAACGUGAACUUUUCGAUGAUCUUAAACAGAAGAUCAACAUGGCAAAAAAAUACAACACCGCAGUUCCUAAGUACUCGGAGGAAAAGAUUCAUUCAGAAUCUUCGCCUGAAUCUAGUAUACCAGUGUCGGAGACAAAAAGCAAUUCCUCGAGACGUAUGUCAAACCUUGUACACUUUGAUGAAGAGACAAUUUAUAGUUAUUAUGAUGGCUCCUCAAGUAUCUUUAGAGAUACUGCAUUGUCUUCAAAUGAUUCUAUAAAUCUCCAUGUUAGAGAUCAAGAACUCUAUCAGCUACCCAGCAAAAUGUCUUUUAAAAACUUGAAUAUCAGAAGCGCUGAAAACCAGUUUUUGACAAAUUCACGAAAACGGCUACCAUCAAUGACAGUUGUUGAAUACCAAAACAAAAAUCAGUUACAUGAAACUAACUUAAAAAAAUAA